AUGCUCUGUUUUCAAUCAAUCAUUGAGAAAUCACUACGAUUUACACAAAAUAAGUAAGCGAAAGGUCGCCGUUUAUAUCCACAGACAUCGAAAUGAGAACUUUGUUGUGUUUUUUCUUAAUAUUUAGUGUCGUUGUUGGUAUUCCCAACUUGUUUGGUACCGAACAAAGUGCCGCAGUACGAGGAGUACUGAAGUGUAAUGGAGAAGGAGCUGCCAAGGUCAAGGUGAAGUUGUAUGACGUAGACAGAACGGACCUAGAUGAUCUGAUGGCAGAAGGAGAAACAGAUUCAGAUGGCAGAUUCGAAUUGUCAGGCAGAGAAACCGAGUACACCAGCAUUGACCCCAAACUCAACAUGUAAGUGUACUACAGUAUAAUGUACUUCUGACUUUGAACACUGUAGCUGUUACUUAUGUACUUGCCAAAUUUAGUUACCACAAAUGUCGGGACCCAGAUGCUCUAUGCUUCAAAAAGAUUGAAAUCGUCAUUCCUGAUUCCUUUAUCAGUCAAGGAAAGAUUGCCAAAAAGACCUUUGACAUCGGAGAACUGAACCUGAAUGCUGAGUACGGUGGAGAAACAGCCGACUGCUUUAACUGA